UGCUUUGCAUCUCGUCAAAACAAAGCGAGCACACACAGCGCUGCAUGCUUCAUGAAUGAGUCCCCUUCCACCACACCACCACCACCACCACCGCAGGUCGGACCCCUCAUCCGCCGCCUGCACCCUGAUGCCCGUGUGGGUGCGCAGCCGGGCGGGGGAACAGUAGUGGAGCCAGCCGUUCAUGAACUCGGACAUAUACACACACAUCCGAACAGAAGAAGGGCCUACUACAUGCCCGAUUCAUCCCUCCAGAAGCAACACAGGAUACGGCACGAUGCUUGAUGGACUCCGGCGGAGGCAUGCCUCCCGGCCCUCCUCGAGACCCUCCUCCCGUCCCCUGUCCCUCAAUUUCAGCACCUUCUCGGCACCUCCCCCGAGCCCGGACAUGGACACCGCCAGCGAGCAUCCAAUCAGGAGGACCCUGCACCGGCUGAAGUUGAUGAGCUCUCCCAGCCUCAGCGAGCUCGGGAAAAGUGAGAAAAGUUCACCGGAAGACAGAGGGGAGAAGCAGAAGAGGGCGGGAGCCAACGCCACCUGGAACAGCAUCCACAAUGCUGUCAUAGCUGUCUUCCAGAAGAAAGGUUUGGCAGAUAAUGAACUCUACGCACUCAAUGAAGGUGUCCGGCAUCUGCUGAAGACUGAGGUCGGGUCCUUCUUCACAGAAUACCUUCAGAACCAGUUGCUGACAAAGGGCAUGGUCAUCCUCCGGGACAAAAUAAGAUUCUACGAAGGUCAGAAGUUGCUGGACUCUCUGGCAGAGACCUGGGACUUCUUCUUCUGCGAUGUCCUCUCCAUGCUGCAGGCCAUCUUCCAUCCGGUCCAGGGUAAGGAGCCGUCCGUCAGACAGCUCGCUCUGCUUCACUUCAGGAACACCAUCGUCCUGAGUGUGAAGUUAGAGGACGCUCUGUCUCGAGCUCGAGCCCGCAUACCCCCCUCUGUUACACAGAUGCUGCUUAUUCUACAGGGCGUCCACGAGUCCCGCGGUGUGAACGAGGAGUACCUGAGGCUCGAGUCUUUGGUUCAGAAGGUGGUCUCGCCUUACCUGGGCACCCAUGGGCUUUACUCUGAAGACGGUGCUGAGGCCAACUGCUGUGUCUUGGAGAAGUGUUUGCCGUGGGGAUGGCCAAAGUCUGCAGAUCAACCGUCGAAGAACCCCGUGGUACGAUCGAAGAGCUAUAACAUCCCUCUGCUGCUGACGCCGGUGGCCGAGUACGACCCCGAUGCCGGCUCGGUGGGCAGUGGAGGAAUUAGGCGCCACUCAGCCUGUGAGAUCAUAUCGUGCCUGGAGGAGCAGGGACUGGCCUACGCUGAACUGGCCUCGGGAUCUGAACUUUCUGGCCCCUCCUCUAACCGGCUGUGUGUGGCCUCUCACUUCAAUGGGAUCCUACAAGCAGGAUCGAGUGGCCUGAACCUGCCUCUCUCCUCUUCGUCCAUCCUUCCCCUGCGUUCCUCAGGAGCUCUGCACGGCACAGAGGCUACCACAACAAUGACUGAUCUCAGCAUGGGAGCAUCCUCCACGCCGCCCAGUGAAUCAUCCAGCCCAGAAACCAUAAUUGGACAAGUGCUGGAGUCUGCAGACUCCGACUCCGACGGGAUAUUUAUUGAUUUUCCUCCUCACUCCUCGGAGGCUCUCGGGUACAGCCACGAGAGCAGACAGAGCACUGUGUAGCUGUGGUUUGCCUUUUUAGGAAUGCACCCGCAGUGUGUGUGCAGUAAUAAUCUGUGAUUAUUACACAUUGAACAAAGCUUCAUUUCAUUAAAGGGGGUACCAUCUUCGUUUCUUGCUGUAGUAAAAAUGACUUUACAAAACGAAUCCAUUCCAAAGUGCUUUCAACAGCAAAUGAAAACCUCUCAAGCCUUUUGUUCGACAAAAUAUAAAAUCACAGAUCAACUUUUUUUCAAGUUAUGAAAGGACUUCAACGUUUCACCAGGUUUUCAUCUGGAGGACACCUUAUUUCUGGCAUUAGCUUUUUAAACCUGAGCUUUCAAAAAUGUCAGCCUAACAAGCAACAUGAGGUCUUAAGAUAUUCCAUUUUUUUAUUGACAGAGAAAUCCCAUAAAAAAGACCAAAAUCAGUAGACAUUUCAACCCAUAAGUAUCUGGCCUGUAGCCAGAGCCUGAUUUCUUUCUGCUUCAGAAACUACUGAAAACACAACAGUGAUUUUUGUGUCAAAUAGAAAUUGGUGACAGAAAUAGUGUUACACUUUUUACUCCUGUUUAAGUAAUAUACUUGAAACUACAUAACCCAUCUGUUAAAAGAACUUAUUCAGCUAUUUCAUAUUUGAAAUAAUAAAUUUGUGAUACAAUUUUAAGCAGAUUUUCAGUCGGUCCAAUUCAGUCAAUAGUCAAUAAUCUGCUUUUACCAGAAAGGAUUACAAUUCACUUUAUGGUAAAAGCAUAUUAUUGACUAUUGACUAAAUUGGACCUACUGAAGAUCUGCUUAAAAUUGUAUCGCAAAUUUAUUAUUUCAAAUGUGAAAUAGCUGAAUAAAUUCUUGCAGAUUAAAUAAUCCUCAACCUAACGUUAAAAUCAAGACGGAUCAACCACAAUAGGAGUUAUGAGGUUUUCACAGAGCAUCGGUGGCUCACCUCUAUUGAGGAUAUGGAUGUUAUAAAUAACAUUUUUAUGGAAAAUAAAUCAAACUUUACAUAUUUGACAGUUUUACGCGUAUGAAUUUGAAACCUUACAUCAGAUUUGUAUUUUCUGUUUGCGCUUCGUUGCCUCUCAUGAGCAACACAGUAACGGGGUUUUGCUCUCACUUUUGUACGACAUAUUCUGAACAUGUGGACUUGUUUUUUGUUUUCUUUUGCCAGCGGCAAUCAUGGGUCUAAUUUAAAAUCUUGCAGAGAACAUUAGUGUGACAGCGUUUGCUUUUUUGCAUUAUCUGGAUGCAGCCGGAGUUUGAGGAGAAUUAUAAUGUUAAUUGUUUACAUUCGACUAAGACAUGACCAUUUUGGAUGAAUGUCGUCUCACACACUGUAUUUUGCACCACCACUACCUUGUACAUAAAAGUGCAUUGUUGUUUUUUUUUUAGGACAGCUAGAUAGUGUAAAGUGAGCUUUAACCUUUAAAUGAAUUAAGAUUUUACUAAGGGCUUUUUCACUCGAUCUUUUUCAAAUAAUGUUUUACCUCAAGCGUUUUGUACUUGACUUUUUUUUGACAAUCUAUGAUGUCUAUGGAGUUGUACUUUGUAUUAAUUUGUUAUACUAGCCCAGUAAAAAUUAAAUACAUUUGAACUGUA